GAACUACCCGUCCCACGAGGAGGCCAUGUUCGCAACGGGACAUGUUGCGAGGUCUGACGAAGCCCACGCCGUGUUCGACGAAUUGGUCGACCUCAACUACACUGCCGCGCAGCUCCGCUUCGCCUUCGUCGUGCUUCUGGAGCGAGAAGCGGCUCCAAUCACCCAGCGCAAGAAAUACGAGUUGCAACUGAUGAAAGACUUCCUCAACCGAGGCCUGUCGUUGAAGACUGCGCGACAAGAGCUCUUGCGCGCGUUGCACGCGACUUGGAUCCUCAACGGCAACGCGGCGGACGCCUGGAAACUCGACGUCCCCGAUGGCACCCCAGCCGCGGAACCCGCCCUACUGCCGCCGCACCAGCAGCGACUUGCCGCCGACCUGAUCCACGCGGAUCCCGACAAGCAGGCGGUCGUCAACCACGUGGCCGCGCUGGAGUUACCCGACGGAGGUACCGCUCAUUCGACCUUCGGUAUUCCGCUGACUGAAGAGGACGACCUCACCUGCACGCUCGGGUUGCGUUCGGCUACAGCCUUGCGUCUGGCACAGGCUGCGGUCAUCCAGCAGGACGAGUCGCCGUCUGUCAAGAAACCCGCCUGGGAGGCCGUCCUCGGCUUGCCACGCGCACAGCAGGCUCAUUGCGCCGUGGACUAUGUCCCUAAGACGAUCAUCUGCUACGGCGACUUCCGCCAGAUCCCGCCGCGCUUCGCUCAGUACGAGAACGAAGGCGGCCGACAUGCCGUGGCUGUCCAAUGCAGGGCCAUCCUGGAGGCCACUGGGAAGAACGGCAAAACGCCAGCGGCGUUGCGAGCGUGCUGCCGGCACAUUGCUCUUCCCGACGUCUCUGCCCUCGAAGCUGGCUUCCUCGCCUUCCUGGCACGACGGAGCCCGGCCAGAACGGCAGGCCCGCAGUCCCAGUGGAUCACCGAGGUCUGGGACGCCUGCAACCCACGCUUUGGCGAGGACUGGACGACCAAGGACACCCAGGAGGUCACGCACGCCCUGGGCAUCUACAAGUCCGAGGACCUGUGGUGCCAGCGGGCUGCCACGUCCAUGGCGGCGGCGAAGGCGGACCCCGCCGACGGCCUGACCACCCUGUCGUGCCUCUCCCUGUGCCGCCAGUACGACCUGCUGGAUUUUACCUUGGAGACAUGCCCUCCCCGGUACAUCUACGACUACAUCACUCUCGGGUCGUGGUGCGCGGAGUGGACAGCCAAGCUGGGACCAGACGCGCAGCGCUCUCUCUACCCGAGCUGCACCACCAAGGCGAAUUUCGGCCAGAAGAGCGGGAAGGCGCCCACGCUGGAGGUCGACCUGCCGACCCUCCCGGCGUGCUGCAGAGUCUUCCACCAGAAGGACUUUGACACGGCUGCGCCCUUCCUGGCGGCUUCUCCAUCGAAGAGGGCCCCGCUCCUGAGCGACCUGAAAGUUGGCUACGGGGACCUCAACGCCACGCACAUGGCGCUCUGCCUCUCCCAUUGUGGGUACGCGACGACCUCCGACUCGGCGCCGCAGGCGGCCGCCGUCGCCGACCCGGCGCCCCAGACGCACGCCCGGGUCGAGGCGCUCCUGCAGACCCACUGCCCCGGCGCGCCGCCCCUGGCCAGCGGGGAGAUGCAGGCAGCGCUCUGCAUCUUCGCGCACAGCCUCCAGACGUUUUUCAUUGGGUCCAACAAGCUGCACCUGCGCGCCUCCGUGGGCGAGGUCGUGCGGAAGCUUGCGUUGGGAGACGUCGGCGCCGCGCGUCUCGGGGCCAGCGCGUACACCACCCACGUCUUCCUCGAGAGGAUAGACGCCAACGGCAGCCGCGCCAACGGCGCCCGUGCCACGGUGGCGGACGCCCCCAGCCUACGCCAAGGCCGCGCAGGCCGCCACGGCCCCACCUGCUUCCAGAAGGACGCCGUCGCGCUGAUGACCUUGCCGCAGGCGCCGAGUGGCGCGCCAGUCGGGGUGCGCAGCCUGCUGGGCCCGACCGCCAGCAAGAAUCCCUGCGGAGAGGCCACGAAGUGCGUCUGCGACGGCCUGAGCUCCAUCCUGCAGCAAGCCCUGCUCGAGGUGAACUUCUCCGCGCCCGCCGCCGAUCGCCGCGGAGCGUUCCAGGUGGAGCCCCGCGCCCCGGCGAACCGCGUCGCGCACGCGCGCUCUUUCACGAAACUAAACCACGAGCCCUGCGCCAUCAAGGAGCUCGGCAACCUGCGCAUUGCGAUCGCCGACCACGCCCCCGCGGCCGCGCUCAAGGGCCUCCGCGAGCUCGCGGCGAAGUGCCCGACCAUCGUCCCGACCAGCGAGUGCAAGCCCGGCACCACCAUCCGCGACACCUUGCGCACC